ACAGAUCAGCUGAUGCGUGGGGUGGCGUGGGUGAGAUUGCUUGCAUGUGAUAAAUUGACAUGUAAAUGGGAGGCUUCAAACGACGAGGGAUUCAAGUUUACUUUGUGAUGAGAAUUAAUAAACCCUGAUUAUUCUAUUCUACGGGUUGAUGGUAUACUUUGAAACUGUGGAAACGCAUUAAGACAGAUCUUACGAUGGAAAAUGAAGCUCCGAAGACCGAAAACAGCGAAACAACAACAUCAGCACCAACUCCAACUGAGACUCCUGCAAAAGUUGAAGAAAAAGAAUCUCUCGAAGAUCGAUAUAACAAGUUUCGCGUUUACGCUGUGAAAUUAAGACAUAAAGUAGCUGACCUCACAGAACAAUUGACAAAAUCUGAAGCAGAGAAGAAUCAAAUAAGCGCAGAUAAGGAAGAGCUACAGAAUAAAAUUCUUCAAAUCUCAGAUAAUGCCAAGAGAUUACAGACGAUACAGUCAGAGUACGACAAGGUGCAGGAUGCUUUGGAACAAGAAAAGAAUGAAAACAAGAAGAUUUCCAAAAAUUUGGAAAGUAUAUGUAUAGAAAACGCAUCUCUGAAGGAAUCUUUGUAUGAGAAGAAAGAUGCUAUAGCCCGCUUGACUGGUGAAAUUGAACGCUUGUCCAAAGAACAGUCUAGAUUGGAAACUGUUAUCAAACACAGCCAGGAUACCAUCAAAGAAUUGAGAGAUGAGAAAAAGGCAAAAUUAUUGAUAAGAGAACAGAGAGAUAAAGAUUAUGAAGAGAUGACAGCUAGCUUAAAUUUGGAAAAAGAAGCUCACAAAGUGACAAAAGCCAAGCUGGAGGCCACUAAGCAAGAAUGCAGUACAAAAAGUGUCCUUUCAUUGGAGGUGGAAAAUUAUGAGAAAAGUGUGGAAGACCUUAAGACAAAACUUGACGAUGAAUCCAAUAAACGCGCGAGUUUGCAGAAAGUAGUUGACAAACAUUUGGAAACAAUCUCAAACUUGGAAAGACAAAUAUCAGAGUUGAAGGAGACUUGCCUCACAAAAGCUAAUCAAAUUACAGUCCUAGGAGAGAAAAAUGAGAGUAUAAAGCAGGAACUUUGCGAAGUAAAACGAAAUGCUGACGAAGAGAAGAAGCAAAUUGAUAAAUUGAAUACCGAGUUGACUACUCUGACUCGCGACAGAAAUGAGAUAGCCGCAAAAUUACAAGUUCUAGCAUUGGAACGAGAUCAAGUUACAAGCGACAUGAAAAAUCAGAAGAAAAAUUCUGAUGCACAUAUUAAAACUUUGGAAUCUGAAGUAACGAGGCUAAAUAAUGCUGUUGUAAGCAGCAAUCAAGAACUGGAAGCAUUGCUCGCGGAAUUUACAGGAUACAAAUUACGGGCACAAAGUGUUUUAAGAACCAAGCAAAGUCAGGGUAAGGAUGGUGGACGAAGUAUAGCGGAAGCUGAGGAAGAACUAGAACAUGCUCAAACACAUGCUGCACUUCUUCGUGACAAGCUGGAAACAUACUCAAUGCAGCUGGAAACUUUGACAAGAGAAAUUGCUGUGGUUAAAGAAGAACGAGAUCAUGCAAUACGUAGUGAAAAAGAAUCUGCUGAAAAGAUAUCAACUCUCCGUCAAGAAUUCAUAUCUGUAACGGAACAGUUACGUUCUAAUGCCAGCACAAUUCAACAAUUGGAAAGGCAGCACAAAGAAGCAACAGAUUCUUUGCAAGCUAUGCAUAAGAGUGCCUUGUUAGAAUUACAAGAAAAGCAUCGGCAGGAGGUCCACCAUUUGCAAUUGGAAAAACAGAAAAUAAUGAAUGGCGGUCAAAACGAUGCUCCCAUUUCUCAAAAUAUUGUAGACAAACCUGGGGAACAUGUUUCGGAACUUGAACACAGUUCUAGAAUGUUAGGAAUGUCGCUUCUCGAGAGAGAGGAAGGCGAGGGAUCUGAAAGCGUGGAUUCUUCUUCGUCAAUAGUAGUCAAUGCAGAAAAACAUCGUAAGCCUCCAUUGAUGCCUCUAGACGAGCUACUCAAUUCUCCAGAUGAUUACCCCAGCUCUGUGUCGCAGCCUGUGUCACAAACUGUGGAUCGCCAAACUUUAGAAGCUUGCGAACGACGUGUCAAACAUCUAACGGUUUUGCUAGCUGAUGCGGAAAGAGAUAUAGCUAAAUUAACUCAGCUCAACCAGCUUCUUAAGGAAGAUAUUCGUAGCCAACAGCGUAGCGUAGAGAGGGAAAAACAUGGAAACAACUUUGAGUAUCUUAAAAAUAUUGUCUUGAAGUUUGUGACUCUAAAGAAUGGAGACGAACGCAGUCAUCUUAUACCUGUACUUAAUACUAUACUCAAACUAAGUCCCGAAGAAACCCAAGCGUUGAAUGCCGUUGCAGGAGUAUCGGGGAGAAGCUGGAUUCCUGGAAUACCGAUACCAGGAUGGAAUCACUAAAUUAAACAGUUAUUUUCCUGAUGCCAGUAUUUUUUAAUUCUAAGAAUUCCGUUAUGUAUUUGUAAAUGUAUAAAAUUUCUAAUUCGAAUACGAA